GUCCAUUGCUUAAUGUGCUCCGUCUGCCGCUGUCAACUGCUGGCAUAAACACGUAUGACAUAAGGAUGAUGACAUAAAAUUGUAUGUAAAAUAAUACAUACCUUACAUUUGUUUUUAACCGGACUUUUACAGAUUCAAGAUGCAUACGCGUAUCUUACUGAAAGGCACAGCAGCAGCUGUCGCUGCUAGAAGGAUUCGUCAUAUAAUAAGACCUGUGAUAUCAAAGGAAGGUUGGAAUUACAGCGCUCAUGAGGUCAAACUCCUCAACACCUCAGGUGACACAGUGAAGAUUGGAGAGAUUUUAUAUCAGCUUAAAACUCCUAAAAGUCCAGAGCUUGUUCCAGUAAAUCAUAUAACAGAGGUUUUGCCACAAACAAUUACCCAGCACCUUCGCUGGAUAAUGCAGAAAGACUUGCUUGGGCAGGAUGUAUUUCUUAUAGGCCCCCCUGGUCCUCUCCGCCGUUCAAUUGCCAUGCAGUACCUGGAAUUAACAAAGAGAGAAGUUGAAUAUGUUGCUCUGUCAAGAGACACUACUGAGACAGAUCUCAAACAACGCAGAGAAAUCCGAUCAGGAACUGCCUUUUAUAUAGACCAGUGUGCUGUGCGAGCUGCCACUGAAGGCCGGAUUCUGGUCUUGGAGGGUUUGGAGAAGGCAGAGAGGAAUGUACUCCCAGUUCUGAAUAAUCUGCUGGAGAAUCGAGAGAUGCAGCUGGAGGAUGGACGCUUUCUCAUGUCUUCACAGCGCUAUGACAAACUCCUGGAGGAGCACACUAAGGAAGAGCUGGACGUGUGGAAGAUUGUACGGGUGAGUGAAGACUUUCGAGUCAUUGCUCUCGGCCUGCCCGUGCCUCGAUAUAAAGGAAACCCACUAGAUCCACCGCUUCGCUCGCGCUUCCAGGCCAGAGACAUCUACUACCUGCCCUUCAAGGACCAGCUUGAGCAUCUGUAUACAAUUGGACAAAAUGUUCCCCCUGAAAGGGUAUCUCAGCUCUUGUCUUGUGCCACUACUCUGUGCUCUCAAGAGUCUGCCAGCUUAAGCUUGCCUGACUUUCCUGUGGACAAUCUCCCAUCUGCCAUCACUCUUCUGAACCUGUUCCCCAUGCUGUCAGCAGAGCAGUUGUUCCAGAGGCUUUACCCAUAUGAGGCCAUGCUGGGAAAAGAGGGACGCACUGCGGUCGAGGGGAUCCUCAGUAGGUUUGAGUUGACUGAUGGCAAUAAGAAACCUCCUCCGACUGCUUUGGUGAACAUUGAGCCUGUGAGUGGAGAUCACACAGGGCAGGCAGCUGUCACCCUCAAAAUGACAGACAAGAAUGUCACCUUUCAGGUUCCUUCAGGAACGCGUCCGAUUCGCCCACCCAACGGCAGUCCCACGUUCAUCAGCACCCCCACCCACAGCCGCCUGCUGGCUGAGAUGAUGCAGUCCCAUUUUGUCAAAGACAUUUGUCUGAUCGGAGCCAAGGGUUGUGGCAAGUCUGUGAUCGCUAGAGAGUUUGCGGGAAUGCUGGGCUACAGUAUCGAACCGAUUAUGCUUUAUCAGGACAUGACCGCUCGGGACCUCCUCCAGCAGAGAUACACCCUUCCCAAUGGAGACACAGCCUGGAGGGCUUCACCGCUGGUCACUGCUGCUCAGGAGGGCAAACUGGUAUUACUAGAUGGCAUCCACCGAGUGAACCUGGGCACUCUAGCUGUGCUUUCCAGGUUGCUGCAUGAUAGAGAGUUGGCCCUGUAUGAUGGGACUCGACUCUUGAGGUGGGACCGUUACCAAACGCUAAAGGAAGGGUUGCAGCUCAGUGACCAGGAUCUGCAGGACAGAUCCAUUUUCCCCAUCCACCCAUCGUUCCGUAUCAUUGCCCUAGCGGACCCUCCGCAGCUCAGCAGUGUCAAACAGCAGUGGCUCGGUCCGGAGAUUCUCACCAUGUUUUUCUUUCACACCAUCAAACCACUGGCCAAAGCUGAAGAAACUGCUGUUAUUCAGGGCAUGAUCCCAAAUGUUCCUAAAGAGGCGGUGGAGCAGCUGCUACACCUGACUCACAGCCUGCGAAAGUCCAACGAUCCAACGGCCCUGUCCCUUGCAUCCUCACUGUCCACCAGGCAGCUGCUGAGAAUCUGCCAACGUCUUUCUCAGUAUCCACAGGAGAACAUUGCUCACGCUGUGAACAAAGCCUGUCUGUCCAGGUUCCUCCCCAGCCUGGCUCGCUCGUCUCUUCAAAAAAGUUUGACCAACUGCUCAAUAGAGGAGCAGCCUGACCCAAGAGCUGAACAUGACCACCACUAUACCUGCAUAGUAAAAGAUGGACUUCUAACCAUCGGUAAUGUCUCCGCUACGGUAUAUAUCCCUGAUGAGAAGAUGAAGGUCCCAGACGUGCUCUUUUAUGAAAAUGUUCAGCACAUGAUGGUGAUGCAAGACAUGCUGAAGGACUUCUUGCUGGGGGAACACCUGCUUCUGGUGGGGAACCAGGGUGUUGGGAAAAACAAGAUUGUUGAUCGAUUUUUGCAUCUUCUAAACAGGCCUAGGGAAUAUCUUCAGCUCCACAGAGAUACUACAGUCCAGACUUUAACUCUGCAGCCCUCUGUCCGAGAUGGAAUCAUCGUGUAUGAAGACUCCCCAUUGGUGAAAGCUGUGAAGAUGGGACAUAUCCUGGUUAUAGAUGAAGCUGACAAAGCGCCCACAAAUGUUACCUGUAUCCUAAAAACAUUGGUGGAGAGCGGAGAGAUGAUUCUGGCAGAUGGAAGGAGAAUAUUGUCUGGUCCAUCGGAAGCAGCAGGAAGGCCGAAUGCUAUCUCCAUGCAUCCGGACUUUCGGAUGAUUGUUUUAGCCAAUCGACCUGGCUUUCCAUUCUUGGGAAAUGACUUCUUCGGCGCUCUUGGUGACAUAUUUAGCUGCCAUGCAGUGGACAAUCCCAAACCUCAGGCAGAGUUUGCCAUGCUGAAACAAUACGGGCCUGACGUUCCUGAUGCUAUUCUCCAGAAGCUGGUGGCUGCAUUUGGAGAGCUCCGGAACAUGGCCGAUCAAGGAACCAUCACCUACCCUUACUCUACACGAGAGGUGGUCAACAUUGUAAAGCAUCUGCAGAAAUUUCCAGAUGAGGGCCUGGCCAACGUGGUGAGGAAUGUGUUUGACUUUGACUCCUAUAAUAAGGAAGUGCGUGAGGUGCUGAUUGGAGCUCUGCACAAGCACGGCAUUCCAAUCGGAGCCAAACCCACCAGUGUACACCUGGCCAAGGAAUUGCCAUUGCCAAACUGUAAGAUGGCAGGAUACUGGACCAUCAAUCAGGGGGGCAAUGCACGCCGAAAGCUGUUGUGCCUAACUGAGUCACAUCAAAUAGAUAUCAAGGGUCCAGUGUUUUUGCGAGUUCAGAGUUACCCAUCUGAGAGGCACGAGUCUAGGUCCAUGAGCUUCACUGAGGAACAGGCUAACUGGCAAAUCCCCAUGAAUGAGGUUAACAUUGUCAGUGAUAUCACCACUGCUAACGAUUGGAUUUAUGUUGCCACAUGUAAUCCUAUUUCGCUCUAUGCUAUGAAGGAGAAAGGGGACUCUGUACAGUGUAUUGAACUCAAUGACAUAUUCCCUCGCACCAUCAGCGGCGUGUGGCAGCCUUUCGUCUCUGUUGCAGCACUGGGCAACCCAUUGCAGGGCCAGCUGGUGCUUCAUGAAGAACAGGGUAAUACUUUGCUGCAUCUGGACCUGGUUACUGGUGCUGUGAGAAGACUGGUUCUGCCUCAGGACAAACCAGAGGAACCAGUACGAAAGACAUCAAACUGGUGGAGUAACAAAGAGAGUCAGUCAGGAUAUAAAAUGUGCAAGGAGUUUGCACAUAAGAGCUGGCUUCUCAUCUACAAAGAAAAUGGGAGUCAGCUGGAUGUUGUUGAUGUCCUAGAGGGUCAGAUUCACACCAUCUCCCUUCCCAUCACCCUGAAGGCUGUGUUCCUGGUGGCCGAAGACCGCUGGCUGCUUAUUGAAAAUCAGACUGAUAGGAAGUUCCUGUUGACAAAGCCUAUGCACAUGGGUGCUGAGGACACUGGAGUGUGCCAGCUGCAUGCCAUCACUGAAGAUGCUGUAAACACUGGCUUUGGCACCAGCUCAGGGAUGGAAACCACAACUCCUCAGGAGGUAUCAAGUGAUCAGCUGCCCAACGAGAACCUUAGCUCUGCCCUGGGGCAGAAAAUCAUCUCUCCCAACCGCAUCUUCUGUGACACAAACACCUAUGCUAAUGUGAUUGUGGGCUUUCCAGAUCUCAUGUCCCCAAAUGAGGUCUACACUUUUAAGAGACCAUCACCCAUAACUGAGGGACGAGGACCUGAUAUGUUUUUUGGGUCAAGUAAGCGAACAGGACCUGCAAAGAGGCUCAACUGUGUAUGUCUAUUAGAUGCCAAUCAGGUGGUCCGAGCACUGCCUCCAACACAAGUUCCACUGGCUGAAAUCUACCAUAAAGAUGUCACACCACCCAUGACUGCUGCUUACCUUGAAGUGACAGACCUGAACUCCAAGAAACUCAAAUACAUUCCAGUACCAAGGAGCAGUUCAAUGUCUCCUUACACUGUGUGGAUCUCAAAGGUUUCAGACACAGAUGUAGUGAUGGCUCCUUUGGGCUCUGGUGGUGUAGUCACUGUUGACACGGGAGGCUAUGUUAGGUUGUGGGAAACAGGGCUUGACAACCUGCAGCGCUCUCUGCUGGAGUGGAGAAACAUGAUCGGAUCUGAGGAUGGCAGGCCUGUUCAGAUAACCAUUCAGAGAGACAGUGGCCUGGAUGUCAGCUCCCCCAAACACGGCAAGAUUGACACCAAAAACGCCCCUCAUGUGGGGGGGAACCAAUGGGCUGGGGGUACGGGCGGCAGAGAUACAGCAGGUCUUGGAGGGAAGGGAGGCCCUUACCGUCUGGACGCCGGUCACAAAGUUUAUCAGAUCUCACAGGUGGAGAAAGACACCGUGCCAGACGAAGUGAAAAGAGCUUCACGGGAGAUGGCUGAGAAAGCUUUCAAACAGAGGCUCAAAGAAAUUGACAUGAGUGAGUAUGAUGCUGCCACGUACAGUCAUUUUUCAGAAGCAGUCAGGCGACAGGUCCAUUCGCUCCGCACCAUUCUGGACAGUCUGCAGGCUAAAGGAAAGGAGAGGCAAUGGCUGAGGAAUCAGGCUCUUGGUGAGCUGGAUGAUGCAAAGAUCAUUGACGGCCUGACAGGAGAGAAGGCAAUUUAUAAACGCAGAGGAGAGCAGGAACCCGAGUUAGGAUCCCCUCAGCAGAAGCCAAAGCGUUUACGUUUGCUAGUGGAUGUUUCUGGCAGCAUGUAUCGUUUUAAUGGUGUGGAUGGGCGUCUGGAGCGAUCUAUGGAGGCAGUGUGUAUGGUGAUGGAGGCUUUGGAGAGCUAUGAACACAAAUUUAAGUAUGACAUUAUGGGACACUCAGGAGAUGGUUUUGACAUAGAACUCGUGAGAUGUGACAGAGUGCCCAAGAACAACAAGGAGAGGCUGAAGGUUCUGAAGACUAUGCUUGCCCACUCACAGUUCUGCAUGAGCGGAGACUACACUCUGGAAGGCACUGAACACGCCGUUAAGGAACUGGCACGUGAAGAAGCGGAUGAGCAUUUUGUCAUUGUGUUGAGCGACGCCAACUUGGAGCGCUACGGGAUCAGACCCGAUCAUUUUGCGUGUGCCCUCACCAGUAACCCGCAGGUCAAUGGCUUCGCCAUCUUUAUUGGUUCCCUAGGAGACCAGGCUGACAGGCUCCAGAGAACCUUGCCGGCUGGACGCUCUUUUGUCGCCAUGGACACCAAGCAGAUCCCUCAAAUCCUUCAGCAGAUUUUCACAUCCACCAUGCUGUCUAGUGCCUGAGGAAAACCUGACAGGUCACCCAUGGUGAUCUCUAUGUCCAAUAUGUCUUGGGUGAAUCUUCAAUAACAUGUCUGGAGCACAUAAUUACCUUUUUAAAGAAAAAAAAUGUUUUACUUUGCUUGAAGAAAAUGAAGCCCAGUUCAAAUAAGUAAAACGUAUGCAAUUCUAAAUAGGCUUCAUUUUCUUAAGGCACAACAUAAUUUCCUUUUUUAUUGGGCAAUAAUGUAACCUGGACCUGAUUUUGUCAGUCACCCAGUCAGGAUCCUUAGUGGAUUCUGUGAUUUUGAUCAUUUUUCAUCUUGACACAAGAUGACAGAGACCUGUGUGGCUUUAGGAGGCACAGCCUUAAAUACUGACAUUUAUGCUUACAAAUCUGUAGUAAUUCUGUCAAAUGAAUAAAAUGUAAAUGUAAUACACAAGAAGUGAACUGUACAGAUGAAGUGUGGACAAUUAUAGAUGUUUUAAGUAUGACAGUCUCUUUUAACCAGUGCCGAUCUGUGACUCCUCUUCAGGGGAAGCAGUAAUGCGAAGCUCGCCAAAUGUAUUUAGCCCAUCAUGUGUGUGGCGCAUCAUGUCAAAAUAAGUGUUCAGCGCGUCAUGUGAACCUAUGUGCAUCACGCAUCAUGUUAAAAUACCUGCUUGCUGCAGAUGUAACAGUUUUAAUAUGGUUAUUUUCAUUCAAAAUCCCCUUUUCUUUUCUGUUGAAUUUAUAUUGUUGUUUAAUUGUUCUAUAUGUUACAUUGUAUGGGUUAAUGUUUUUCGUUUUAAAUUUGAAUGUAUAUGUUCAAUUAGGAUGACAAAUAUGGUGAACUGUCACCUUAAGACAAUAUACUCCGCUGGCGCUCGUUUAGCUCGCUCAGAUCACUUCCUGCUGAGCCGAUAGGAGGUUAUGCUGUGUCUUAACGAGCAAUGUAAUGGUAAUAUUGUUGAUACUUAACGAUAUAUACUGUAUAUCUUAUAUAUAUAUAUAUCUUGAACUAAAAAUGUAUUGUUUUAUUGGACAUAUUUUGCACAGUAUGACUAUAAGACUGUAUCAGAUUGUGACUGUGACUGUAUUAGAGGAUAGCGCUUGUUAGCAUGUUUAGCUAACUCUCCGUUUGCCCCAAGGGUAAUACCAAAUACAGAGAACUACCAUCACAUGUUCACAACUUAUACUCUGUUUAUGCAGGUAUGUCGUUAUUUCAUGCACUGUACAGUUAUGUGAUGCAUAUUAAGUUGUUCCGGUUAACUUGUUAGCCGCAUGUUAAGAACGAUGUAUAAAUGUGUUUAGCUCGCUCAGAUCACUUCCUGCUGAGCCGAUAGGAGGUUAUGCUGUGUCUUAACGAGCAAUGUAAUAGGUAAUACCAAAUACAGAGAACUACCAUCACAUGUUCACAAUUUAUACUUUGUUUAUGCAGAAAAUAAACGAAGCUGAACAGACAGAGACAUGUCUUUAUUGAAGAUUAUCAACACAACGCAGAGAUGAUUUCCCGCCAUUACACAGACGCGUUGAAAGGGUUUAUGAUAAAAGAAAUGCUUGCGUUCUGAAGACACUGCGUUAACACUUAACUCUGAUUACACAAGCGCUGAACACGUAUUUUGACAUGACGCGCCACACACGACACCUGAACACAUAUUUUGAAUUCCUGCUUCCUCUGAAGAGGAGGCACCGAUCGCCACUGGUUUUAACAUAUUCUGUAAGUGAUAGUUCACCCAAGAAUAAAUAUUCUGUCAUCGGUUACUCACCCUCUUGUCAUUUCAAACCUGUAUGACUUUC